AUGUUUUAAUUUAAAUUUCGUUUUAAAUACAUUAUAUCAUCGAAUUCAUAAGAUCUAUGAAUGUUCAUGAACAGUAUACAUAAAUUUAAUUUUGAUGGGAAAUUAGUACUCAUUAUGACAAUCUCUCGAUCGGUUCUGUUUCAUCUUUUUGAUACUUGAUAGUCAAACUUGCCUCGAAGACUAUUGCUCCUUACCUUAUAAAAGUUGAAAGUUUUUUAACAAAAUGUCCAUGUACAGAACGCAUUGACUUUGACUAAUAAUUUGCUUAGAAAUGAUUAUGACAACACAAUAAAUCAAAGGGCCGGUGCAAUACACGGCCAUACACAAUCAAUGGAGAUUCUGAUUUCUCUGCGCGUUUGUUUACUUCUCCUUCCGAUGAUUAAAUCGGGAGUAGCUGAUCAAAACGACGGCAUUUUAAAGGAGGUUAGGGUGGGAUUGGUAGUUGACUGUGGUUCCACGGAAGGAAAAAUCCUCGAGACUUCGUUUUCCUUGGCCCUUUCAGAUUUCUAUGGCAUCAACAACGAAUAUGGAACCAUUACCAUAGUCUCUGUUUUAGCUAGAGACCCUCUCCUUGUCUUUGCCGCUCGUGAGUUAAGUUUCAUCUUCUUUAAAUCUUUCUCCGUCAAACUAUUUUAUUCGUUAUUUGUUCAUGAAUGUAACAGUUACAAACUCUCAAGAAUGCAAAAGUCGAAGCUAUUGUUGGUGCACAAUCAUUACAAGAAUGCAGCAGUUAGAGCAUGUUUAAUGGUAAAACUCUUAAAUGUCUCUUAAUGAAAAAGCCAAAGUUCUUGUAAUAAAGUGAUCAUUGGUGUAUAGCUCCAAAAAAAUUUGAAAAAUAACUAUAUAAGAUAUAUAAGCCCCAGAAUUCAAGUUUAAGUAUCCAUCGCUUUGGAUUCAAGAGACUUUGUUAAAACUAAUAUAAGUUCUUGAGAAUAUAAAAAAAAAAACAAGAAAACAAAAAAUGAAGGUAGUGAUCAAUGUCAUGACAAAUUCUACAAAUUUCUUUUAGUUAGAUUUUGGAGUUGUUCGGAUAAAGCUCUAGUGACUACAGUCAUGAUCACAUAAGAGCCUUAUAAAAAAUUUCGGUCUUCUAUUAAGAUUGUGUGAUUGGAACUGAAUUAGUUAACAAUUAACAAUUAAUAAAUUAUAUUUAAAUAUCAACAUUUUCUCUUUUAUAAAAAUGUCAUUUUAAUUAUUCUUUAAUAAAUUAUUAUUUUUAUAAACUUUUUUGUCCUUCAUGAAUAUAUUAGCAAAGAUUUAUUUUCUAGUUAAUACAUUAAAGUAGUAAAGUUUGAAUUAAAAUAUUAUUUACAAUUUUUUAUUGAAAAUAUAAAAUGAUAUUUUUGUGAAAUAAAAAUGAAAAUCUUAAAAUGGCAUUUUUGUAAAAUUGAGAGUAAUUUUUUGUUCUAUUUUUGAAAGAAUUGAUAUGUUCUCAAGAUUUACGCUAAUUGAGUUACCAAAUUACAAUCUUAAUUUGUUGACUCUAAUUCUGCAAUAAUAACUACAAGUUUUAAGAAAAAAAUAUUAAAUGGUUGCCAUUUUAUUAGUCAAAUAUGCGAAUUAAUCACUUUAGUGAACAUUAAAUGUUUACAACCAAUAAAAAUUUCUUCUGUUUUUUUCCUAUAAAUAUAUUGUGCACGUGCAUUGUUUUAUUAAGACACAAAACUAAAAAACCUACCAAAAACCAAACACUCCGGCUCCUAAAAACGUGACAAUGAAACAUACAAAAAGAAAGCAAAAAAUGAAGAUGAAUAAGUUUGAAGCCUAAGAAGACAGAAUGAUUAUGUUUUCAAAACAUAAAGCUGAGAUUUUAAAGAAGAUGAACGAUCUUGAUGUGGAAGCAUCUUUUUGGUUUUCUCUCAAACCGGAAAGCCUCAUACAUUCACAUAUAUGUCCAUGGAAGAUGUUGUUGGUCGAGUAAAGAGUUCUUUGGGACAUGAACCUUCCGGAAAAGAUGAGAUCAUUAGUGGAAGCUUAUAAGCGGCAAAAGAUCGAGGAGCUCAUGAAAAAUAAUGAUGAUCUCGCUGAGGAGAUAGAAAUGGAGGAGGGGAAUGGAAAGAAAUGGUGGAAUAUUCCAGAUGAAAGCUUGAGCGUGGAGGAGUUGAAGCGGAAGCACCAAGGUUUGUUGAGUUACAUAAUAGCUUAUGAGAUAAGGCUUUACAACGGUCGGGAAAAAAAUGGUGAUGGUUCGUCUUCUUGUCCUGCGAGACAUGGACAUUGUGGUGGUAGCAAAGCAGAAUUAAGCGUGUGAACAAACUUGAUUUAAUCUAAUCCAGUUUGAAUUGCUGAUUUUUAUGUUAUUUUCCUUUGUCGUGUCUUAAUAGAUUUGGUUAUAUAAUUGAUGUAAUGAAUCAUGAACUAUUCAUCAUCUUCUCUUUAUUUCUAAGCUAGUGUCUUUGGAAUUUCAUUUUAAAGUUUAUGUUUAUAAUCUUCUCGGACCUAAAAGACAAAAACCAUAAUGGUAUAAUUAAUUAAUUCAUUGCCGCUAUCCAGAAUCGUAUUUGAUCGUUUUAAUUUAAAUUUCGGCGUACUGUAUAUACAUUUUAUGAACAGUAUGCAUAAAUUUAGUUUGAUGAGAAACUAUAUUUGCACUUUUUUCCUUGAACCAUAGGAAGGCGAAACUUAAUUUUCAAAAUUAUGCGUAACCAACUUUUACAAAGACUUUACCAUAUUAAAAAAACAGAAAAACUAUGAAUAACUACUUCUUUAUAAUCUUCACAUCUGUAAUGAUUUUUAUUAAAAUUUAAUAUAGUAUAUAACCCACAAAGUUCUUAAACAAAUGAUUGAUAUAUUGUAUCUAUAUUUGCCCACACGUACUUGUAGUUGUAUUGUUAAACAGAUUGCCCAUGCUCUUGCAUUAACAUGCUGCAUUAACAUGCAUGCAUACAUGCACCUCAUUUAGACGUGCCGUGAUAUAUUGCUUGUUUUGUGGAAAGCUCUCGUCCCUUGAUCUAAUUUAUUGCAAGGAAAUUCACAACCAGUCCACAUUAUACACUAGUUUAACCAUCUCUAGAUCGGUUCUGUUUCAGCUUUGAUACUUGAUAGUCAAACUUGCCUCGAAGACUUUUGCUCCUUAUAAAAGUUGAAAGUUUUGACAAUGUCCAUGUACAAAACUCAUUGACUUUGACUAUGCGAUAUAAAUUAUUUGAAAUGAUUACGACAACAACAAUAAAUCAAAGGGAACCGUGCAAUAGCAAUACACAGCCAUAAACAAUCAAUGAAGAAUCUGAUUUCUCUGCUCAUUUGUUUUCUCCUCUUUCCGACGAUUAAAUCGAGAGUAGCUGAUCAAAACGAGGGAGUUUUAAAAGAGGUUAGGGUUGGAUUGGUGGUAGACUUGGGUUCCACGGAAGGAAAAAUCCUCGAGACUUCUUUUGCCUUGGCGCUUUCAGACUUCUAUCGCAUCAACAAUGAAUAUCAAACCAGAGUCUCUGUUUUAGCUAGAGACUCUCAAGGAGACCCUCUCCUUGCCUUUGCCGCCGUUACAAACCUUAUCAAGAAUGCAAAAGUGGAAGCUAUUAUUGGGGCACAAUCAUUACAAGAAGCGAAGCUUCUUGCAACAGUUAGUGAAAAAGCUAAAGUUCCGGUAUUAUCACUUCUUGCUCCAAACUCAUUAUCUUUGAACAAGUAUGAUCACUUUAUUCAAACCACGCACGAUCCGACAUCAGAAGCUAAGGGUAUAACAAGUCUCAUACAUGAUCUAAACCAGACAUCGGUUGUGGUUAUAUACGAGGAUGCUGAUGAUUGGAGAGAGAGUUUGCAAUCACUCGUGGAGCAUUUUCAAGAUGAAAGAAUCAGCAUCAACCGUACUGCUUCUUUCUCCGAAUCAUCAGGAGAGAACCAUAUGAUGAAUCACCUAAGGAAGGUUACUAAGGUCUCAAGAACAGCAGUUUUCGUGGUGCAUAUGUCUAAUAGUCUUGUUUCUCGUCUCUUACAUUGUGCGGAGAAGUUAGGUCUGAUGGAACAAGGUCAUGUUUGGAUUCUCACCGCAAGAACCAUGCAUCAUUUUCAUUUCUCGGAUCAUUUCUCAACUAGGUCUAUGCAAGGGGUGAUUGGUUUCAGAUCCUACGUUCCAGUAUCAUCAAAUAUUAUGAAUUUUACUUCAAUAGCGACAAAUACAUUGAUGGAAACUAAGCGUUAUAGUGCAUGGGCACACGCCGUUGCUUCUAUUCUAGCAAACGCAGCUGAGAGAAUGAGUCUAAAAACAUCUGAAAAUGUAUCAUCAAACCUUCUUGAGACAAUGAGGCAGAGUAGUUACAAGGGUUUGAGUCAUGGUGGUGACAUCCAAAUGGUUGGCAACAAGUUUAUUUUAGGUACAUUUGAGAUUGUGGAUAUGGUUGGAACAAGGGAGAGAAGAAUAGGAUUAUGGAGUUGUGAUAGUUUUUGUGGAAUAAGAAGAGAUGUCAUGGCUUCUUCAACCAAUGAUCUUGAGAUCCCAAGACACCGUUUUCUGGAAGAGAAUGGUGAAACUAAGAAGGUUCUUAGGGUCUUAGUUCCAGCAGGAAACAAGGUUCCAAAUCUAGUGUCCAUGCGUCUUGAUCCUGAAACAGGUGUCUACACUGCCACUGGAUUCUGCAUAGAAGUUUUCAAGACUUGCAUUGCUCCUUUUAACUACCAGCUAGAGUUCAUACCUUAUAAUAACGGAAGCUAUAACAACCUUGCUUAUCUACUCUCUACUCAGAGUGACAAAUACGAUGCCGCUGUUGGUGAUAUAACCAUCACUUCCAACAGAUCUUUGUAUGUUGAUUUCACUCUGCCUUUCACAGACAUUGGUAUAGGAAUCUUGACGGUAAAGAAGAAAAGCCAAGGCAUGUGGACUUUCUUUGACCCUUUUGAUACAUCCUUGUGGCUAGCAAGUGGAGCUUUCUUUAUCUUGACUGGAGUUGUUGUUUGGUUGGUUGAACGGUCCGUUAAUCCGGAGUUUCAGGGCUCUUGGGGACAACAACUUUGUAUCAUGCUCUGGUUUGGAUUCUCAACCAUUGUCUUUGCUCAAAGAGAGAAGCUGGUGAAAAUGUCAUCAAGAUUCUUAGUCAUAGUUUGGCUUUUUGUGGUGCUGAUAUUGACAUCAAGUUAUAGUGCAAAUUUAACAUCAACCAAGACCAUUUCUCGCAUACAACUUAACCAUCAGGCGGUUUUCGCCUCUACCACUUUAAAUAAUAUGAAGCUUGGAUCCAUAAAUGCAGUAGAUGCAUAUGCUCAAGGUCUGCGUGAUGGAACUCUUAGUCAUAUUAUCAAUGAGCUACCCUAUCUCAACCUCCUUCUUGGAUACUAUCCAGAUGCUUUUGUAAUGACAGAUAGAGAGAGUAGUACCAAUGGCUUUGGCUUUAUGUUCCAGAAAGGUUCAAGUUUGGCUACUAAUGUUUCACGAGAAGUCGCAAAGUUAAGGGCAUUGGGAACUUUGAAAGACAUGGAGAAGAGAUGGUUUCAGAAGCUGGAUUCAUUGAAUGUACGUUCCAACGCUGAAGAUGUUGCAUCUCUUAAUGACGUCGAUGAAGCAUCUAAUCGGUUUAGCUUCCGUGAGUUGCGUGGUUUGUUCAUCAUUGCUGGAGUUGCUCAUGUUCUUGUAAUAGCCCUACAUCUCGUUCAUAUGCGUCAGGAGCUACUCACCAAACUACAAAGCUUCUACUAGUAAAAAAAAUGAUUCAUCAUUCAUAAGAUGAUGCAGUAUAGGUAUAGCCUUCGAGUUACAACUUUCAAGAACAAGAAAGUACAGUUGUAAAGUUUUGAAAUGAAUGUCACAUGUAAAUAUAGUACUUUUUUUUUGGGGUGAAAAUGAUAAUAAUAUAUAUAUAUAGUACUUGCUCCUAGUUCUAAGUAUAUAUCAAUUUUAUUUCAUGCUAUAUAAGUCAGAACAACACCAAAAUUACUCAAGACAAGAAUAGAAGAAGCAUUAUAAAUUCUUUUUAAACAAUUCUUUUUAGUAUUUCUGAAUAAGAUUUUGAACUAAGUUUAUAAUCAGCAUGCAUAUAUGCUGGUUGCAUUUUUCUGUUGCAAAUAUACGUCAUCUCAUACGCAACUUUUUGGAUACUAUCAUGAAUAUUAAAUCGAACAUUUUACAUUCAACUUUACGUUGACUUAAGGAAAUAAUAAAAAUACUAGGCUUGGUUUUAAAUAAUGUAGAAGAGUCCAUAUAAAAGAAGCAAAGAACAUAGAAUUAUAUUAUUUGUGGAAGUUAUUACUUGGGGGCGUUACUUCUAGAAAAUUUGAAAUCGUCUACUAAAAUGGGCCGCACUUGUCAAACGCGAUGCGUUUCAUGCCAAACCGACUUG